CUUCACCCUCUCUCACACACUUCACCUCUUCUCUGUUUCUUUUCUUCCAUUCUCCCAUUCCCUGAGGUUCCACGCGCAUUUGCCAAUCCUCAAUCUCGCUAAAUCUCCAUGUUUCUUGAUCUGGGUCCUCGCUCUUUCUUGUUCAGAUCAUGGUUUUCAUCCUUAAAAAUCUAAACUUCCUUUGCUUCCACUGAACAAACCCACCAAAUACAGCAACACCCAUCUGGAUUUUUUUUUGUCCCCUCACUUUCUUCACAUGUUUUGACUGAUUCAAAGUAAUGGGUCUCUUGUUGGAUGUGCGUAUGAGGGUUUUUUCACAGGAGAAAGUUUCUUUUUUUGUAUGAGUUUUUCACUUGUGGAGCUUUGAGACUAUGGGUAGAGGUAGAGGAAAGGGGAAGAAGUUGACUGUUACAAAUCAUGAGGAUCCUGGAAGUGGUGAGGAAGAAAAAAUUCCUGCACAAAAGCGAAGGGGGAGGCCACAGAAACCACUGAAGGAUGAGAUUGAUGAAGAAGAAGUAGAGAAAAUUGAAGAUGAAGAUAGCGAGAAUGCCAAAAUUGGUAUCUCGAGCAAAGAGAUGAAAAGUUCAGCUGCAGCAGAGAAUGGAAAGAAGAGGAAGCGAUAUUCGCAGGCAAAAGAGAAGCCAGAUUCAGUCAAAGAGGAAAAUGGUAUUGGGACCAGAUCAAGCACUGAUGACUCAACAAAAUCUAAUGGAUUUCGCAAUAACAGGAACAGAAGGAAAAGCAAACCUCGUCGAGCUGCCGAAGCUGGUGUAGAGUGCAAGUGAGAUUAAGGUUGCUUUUGCGAAUGGGUUACUUCCUUUUUACAUUGCCCAUGGAAUUGGGAGUGAGGCCUCAUAAAUCUCCGGUUUCAAUUGUUCUUUUGUUUCAUGUUCCCCCUUUUUGGUAUUACCUUAUCACUAUUUUCACUUUGAAUUUUAAUUGGGAAGUUGGAAGUGAUUGUACUGAUUGUAAUCUUCUGCAAUGCUAUUAUAUUUGAUAUUUUCACUAGUUUCUUGUGUC